AAUCACUCAAAUGUUUAUCAUCGUAUGGGGGUGUGUUGUCUAGUAGCUGAAAAUAAUGUCACAUUUUGCUCCAAAAUGAAUGCAAAUAUUCAUCGAUAGCAACAACAAGUGAAAAAAUGGAUUUAUCCCUCGGUAAUUCGUAUGGCAACGGCUUGUUGUAUGCGGGUUGGAACCAGGAUCAAGGAUGUUUUGCUUGUGGUAUGGAGACGGGGUUCCGGGUUUAUAACUCAGAUCCACUGAAAGAGAAGGAACGACAAGAUUUUGCUGAUGGUGGCAUUCAUCACAUUGAAAUGUUGUUCAGGUGCAAUUACCUGGCAUUGGUUGGAGGGGGUAAAAAUCCAAAGUACCCACCUACAAAAGUAAUGGUGUGGGAUGACCUGAAGAAGAAACCUGUGAUAGAAUUGGAGUUUUCCACAGAAGUCCGCAGCGUUCGACUGCGACGAGACAGAAUUGUUGUGGUGCUGGAUACCCUCAUCAAAGUGUACACAUUUACCCAGAAUCCACAGCAGCUUCACGUAUUCGAAACUUGCCCCAAUCCCAAAGGACUGUGUGUGUUGUGUCCAAACAGUAACAACUCGCUCUUGACUUUUCCUGGGAGGAAGUCCGGCCAUGUCCAGAUCGUGGACCUGGCCAACACCGAAAAAUCGGCCACCGAUAUUCCAGCUCAUGAGGCCCCGUUAAGUUGUAUUGCCAUGAAUCUGCAGGGGACCAGGUUAGCAACAAGCUCAGAGAAGGGUACUCUGAUCCGUGUGUUUGAUACUCAUUCAGGGCUCCAGUUACAUGAACUACGGAGAGGUGCUAAUAGUGCUCACAUUUACUGCAUCAAUUUCAACCAGGAUUCCAGUCUUCUCUGUGUGGCCAGUGAUCAUGGCACUGUACAUAUCUUCUCUACAGAGGAUCUUAAAAAGAACAAACAAUUAGGGAUUGGAUCGGCCAGCUUCCUACCCAAGUACUUCAGCUCUACGUGGAGUUUCUCCAAGUUCCAGGUCCCAGGAGGGGCACGGUGCAUCUGUGCCUUUGGGGCUGACCCAAACUCUGUCAUAGUUAUCUGUGCUGAUGGCAGCUACUACAAGUUUGUGUUCAACCAGAAGGGCGAGUGUACGAGAGAUGUGUAUGCCCAGUUCCUGGAAAUGACGGACGACAGAUCCUAAAUCAUUGUCAUAAUUUGUCACCACGACAUGAGCAUGCAAUUAUAGAAUCAAUGUUUUCACAAUUUUUCUCACCAACCAGUGUGCAAGUAGCGCAUUAAAUGCAGCUUAUGCCAGGUUCUUUUGCAAUAUUUUAUGUUGAUAUAACAUUGUUACGUUGGUUGAUUAUUAUUUUUUUUUUUAAACAUCUUCCUCAUUAGAGAGUUUAUUUAUGUUGUCAUAUGAUUCUUUAUUAUGCAUGGAACUAAUAUGCCUGUAAAAUCGGGAGAAGCAACCCUCAUGGAUUUUAACAUCUUGCUUUUAAUUUUCAUAUAGUUUUGAACUAUAUAAAAUUAUAACAAAAAACUGGUGCUCGUAAUGUCAUAGGCCUAUUCUUGAUACAAAACAGUGGAAUCAUGGAAUUUAAACGUACUCAUGUAAAAUAAGAAAUUUAUCCAUAUACCUUGAGAGUAUACACCAAAAUUAAAUUUUUCGCAACCAUAGUUGGAGAUUGUUUAAAAUUAUCAAAUACUGGCACAUUUAAAAUUGAGGAAUCCCAGUUAAAAUUUUGUACGCUUCUAGAAGAGGGAACACUCUCACGUGCACUUUAAUUUGAGGCAAUCGCUUCCCAUAGACAAGAAAGAUAACUGAUACUGAUUAUAUUCCUUAUAGCCACUGAUAAAUUCAGUGAUUUAAUAUUUGUCAAGUUUACUUUUAUAAUUCGAGAUGAUUUCGAUAUUUGGUGCAUUUAAAUAUACAAAGAAAUAUUAUCAUCUCAGAUGUAAAGUAUCUUUAAUAUUAAACAGCAAAUUUUCAAAUUGAGAUUUAAAAAUGUAUUACCGGGUAAUUUUUUUUUUUUUAAUACAUUUUUUGGAAAGAAAUUCUUGUUCAUUUUGAUGUUGUUUUAAGUUACAAUAAUUUUGUUAGGUUGUUGUUUUUUUUUUACUAAUAGUACUAUCAAUGAAAUUGACUAGCACAUGUGAUACAGUAUAAACUGAGCUUGAUAUUUUGAUGCCAAAAUAAAGGGAUAUUCCAUCAACAAGUAUACAAUGUUUAUCACAUAUUCAACUUAUAAACUAGCUUUAAAGUUAAUAAAUGGAAUAUUUGGUGAUCUAAUCAAAUUUAAUCUUGUUGAAUCUUAGUGCAACAAUGUAGCCUUUUUUUCUCUCUCCAGAAAACGUCUGUUUAAAAAAAUCAUAGAGUGCUACAUUUUUGCAGCAAGUUGAACCCUGCAUUGCAUCCCAAAUGAAAAUGUUUGUCCAGUUGUUAU